CAAAGGGCGGGCUACACGGGGGCGGAGCGAUGCGUCACUUCCGUCCAGGCCGGAACUCAAGAUGGCUGCGCUCUUGCUGAGACACGUCGGCCGCCACUGCCUCCGAGCCCACCUUAAUACUCAGCUUUGUCUCAGAAAUGCUGCUCCUUUGGGAACCACAGCUAAGGAAGAGAUGGCGCGAUUCUGGAAUAAGAACACGAGUUCAAACCGUCCUCUCUCUCCCCAUUUGACUAUCUACAGAUGGUCUCUUCCUAUGGCAUUGUCCGUUUGUCACCGUGGCUCUGGUAUAGCCUUGAGUGGAGGGGUCUCUCUUUUUAGCCUGUCAGCACUGCUGCUUCCUGGGAACUUUGAGUCGUAUUUGAUGUUUGUGAAGUCCCUGUGUUUGGGGCCAACACUGAUCUACGCAGCUAAGUUUGUGCUGGUCUUCCCUCUCACGUACCACGCGCUGAAUGGGGUUCGACACUUGGUGUGGGACCUAGGAAAGGGCCUGGCGAUGCCCCAGGUCUGGAUGUCCGGAAUGGCGGUCGUGGUUCUCACUGUGCUGUGCUCUGCGGGGCUGGCGGCCCUGUGAAGAGCUGGGGUUUCCAGCACCGUCCUGUACAUUAUCACACUGAUUUAUAGUCCUCUUUGUCACCCUUCCAGCCACCAAGGUUCCCUUGAUUUGUUUAGAUGCCACACACAGUUGAGAAGCUUAAAGAGCCGGAGGAGGAGGUCGUUGUCCUGGGCCCUGCAGCCCUCAGUCCCGCUCCACAUUUGACUCUGAUUCGUGCUGAGGGUCAGCUGUCCGCUGCUUCUUGCUGAGACAGUGGAAACAAUGCCAGUUCUGUGGCCGCCCUGAGUGCCACUGCCUGUGGGCUGCUGGCUUAAAGGACACUUCUGUCCAUUGGUCAGCUCAGGGCCUUUAGCACCCACGCAGCAUGACUGAGAGAAGAGGUGGAGGGGAGGGGUUGUCCUGCCCAACUAGAGGGAGAUAAAGAGCAACUUGGAUCCUGGGAGCUCAUUGUUGGGGAAAAGAGACACAGCUUUGGAUGUAUGAGAAAGAUCAAAAAAAUUGUAUUAAGUUUCUGUUCUGUUUUUCAUUUCUAGGAAAAUGUACCUUUACUGUCAUAUUUUCUAAUCUAAAUUCAUGUACGCCUUUCUUUGGAUAUGAUUAAAGUACUACUCAUUUUA